AUGACAGUGCGAGUUCUUUGUUUGCAUGGCUGGAGGACAAACCCUGCCUUCAUGGAGAAGCAGAUGAAAAAUCUUACAGCGAAGCUUCCUGGAUGGGACUUCUCCUUUCUACCUGGGCCCAUUUCUGGGAUGCUGGCAGCUGAUGAUGAUGUGGAGCAGGAGAGCCUUGCGCCCUACUUCCAGUGGUGGGAGCCUUUGGAUGGCAAAGCUGGACAGCUGGCCGCCGUGCGAUAUGUGGCCGAUCACAUGCGUCGCGAAGGGCCCUUCGACGUGCUGCUGGGUUUCUCCGAAGGUGCCGCUUGUGGCACCAUGCUCGUGGCAGCCAUGCAGGGAGCUGGCAAAGCAUCCUGUGUGGAGCUGAAAGAGGAACUCUCCGAUGUGCCGUCCGUGCGAUUGCUGGUCUCGGUCUGUGGCAUCCCACCUGAUGACGAAAACGCUGGCUGCUGCUUCGCCAGAUCCAAGUCCAAGGACUUGAAAGCUGUCGAGCUGCAGUCCGUGCACGUCCUGGGAGAGCUGGAUGAUGACAAGAGUGGCAGUUUGACCUUGGCCAAGGACUGGUUCAGCGUGGAUGCCAGCCAGAUUCUGCGACAUCCUCAUGGACAUCGCUUCCCGCUAGUGCCUGGACGGUGGGUCAUUAUGAGGAUUCUCGGCCACUGGCAGAAGCGAUGCGACAAGCAUUUCAGCAGGACUUGGGCCGUGCAUCUCUUGGAGGUUGUUGUCCCAAUCCAAUUGGCCAAGGUGAAUUCAGCGUCCACCAGAUCCGACCCGUACGAGGUUGGCUCACAGUGCCUAGGAUUGUGGACCCCUGCGGCUCAUUGGAGCUGCGCACAUUGGAUGAUUUUUGGCGACAAGGGCCACGCCCUGGGCAUAGCCAGGGCCCUGUGCGCCAGGCUGGCUGUCGUUAGCUGGACAGAACGCCAAUUCCUGCAUGUAAAGUUGAGCAGGACAGGUUCAGCAAAAAAAAUGAAGUGA